AGAGACGCCGGGGGCCGCGGCUGCUUCUGCGCGCGUGGAGGGAAGGCAGGCAGGCAGGCAGGCAGGCGAGGGAGCGGGGCGCGAGGGCAGGGCGCGCGGCGGAGGCUCCGGCUCCUCUCUCCUUCCUUCCUUCCUUCCCUUCUUCCCUUCCUUGGGCUCUUUCCCCUCCGAAGCCCCGAGCCCCAAGGAGCAGCCGAAGGAGGAAGCGGGCAGUCGGUGGUCGCGGGGCAUGGAGAGCCUGCUGGAGAACCCGGUGCGCGCCGUGCUCUACCUGAAGGAGCUGACGGCCAUCGUCCAGAACCAGCAGAGCCUCAUCCACACCCAGCGGCAGCGCAUCGACGAGCUGGAGCGGCGCCUGGACGAGCUGGGCGCCGAGAACCGCAGCCUCCGGGACCAGGUCACGGGCGGGCCGCCCCGCGAGCCUCCCAAGGCUCCGCAGCAGAAGGCGCAGAAGCCUCCUCCGCCGCCGCCGCCGCCGAGGCUGACGCCGUGCUCGGUGCCUCCUCCGCCGCUGCCUCCGCCGCCGCCUCCGCUCCCUCCUCAGGGCCAAGCCGAGCCGCAGCAGCAGCAGCAGCAGGAAGCCCCGCCGCCCGGGCAGCCCGUUCAGCACCAACAACAGCUCCCGGCCCCGCCAUCCGCCUCCUCCUCGGCUUCCUCCAGCAAGCAGGCUCAGGCUCAGGCCCCGGGCCCCAGCGGGAGCAGCAGCAGCAGCAGCCGGGCCCCGGCCCCCUCGCAGCCCCACCAGCACCACCACCACCACCACCCCCCGGCCGAGAAGGAGGGCCGCGAGAGGAGCGGCUGCCAGGCCCUCCUCCAGCACAAGAGCCCCCAGGCCCUGGGCAAAGGCGUCCUGGCCCGGAGAGCGGAGAAUGAGACUGUUUUGCACCAAUUCUGCUGCCCUGCAGCUGAUGCUGAGCAGAAGCCUUCAUCUGCAGACUCUUCUCCCAGUGAUGAUCCCUGCGGUUCAGCCAGCAAGAAACCCGGGUGUGACACGGAGGAUCCGAAGGAGGCCGGCAGACACAGUGGCCAGGAAGGCAGGUCCGACACCUUGAAGUUAAAAGCCCAGCAUGCGGAGCUGCAGGAAGAGCAGGCAGCGGGGUGCUCCCUUUUGGUGCAGAAGGCCAGCCUCCACCACACGGGUUCCCCCGUGAGAGGGCAGCGCAGCAAAGGGGCAGCCACCUGUUCCCAUGCCGCAGCCUCUGAUUAUGAGCUCUCCCUUGACUUAAAGAAUAAACAGAUCGAAAUGCUAGAGCACAAAUACGGAGGCCACCUGGUCUCUCGGAGGGCAGCCUGCACUAUCCAGACUGCCUUCCGUCAGUACCAGCUCAGCAAAAACUUUGAGAAGAUACGGAAUUCACUUCUGGAGAGCCGCAUGCCCCGGCGGAUUUCACUGAGAAAAGUACGAGUUCAGAACUCUGAAAGUUUCUCUGCUGAGAAAGCCCUGGUGGAAGGAUACAAUUUUGUUGGCAUCCCCUUGGUGAGAUCUCCCUCCCUACCAGCCACUAUCAGUGGGGCACUGACCGAACUGGAGGACUCUUUCACUGAGCAAGUCCAAUCUUUGGCCAAAUCUAUAGAUGACGCCCUUAGCACAUGGAGCCUGAAGACUAUGUGUUCCCUUCAGGAUGGCGGCUCCUAUCAGAUAAGGGAGGCAUUCAGUUCAAUGCAGCCAAACCAAGACCUAGAAGCUGAACUGAAGGACCAACAGAAAGAGGAAGGUUUGCUGCCUGAUACACUGCCAAAGAGCAGCAGCACUCUCAUGAUGGCCUUCAGGGAUGUCACUGUCCAAAUUGAUAACAAGAACAUCUCAGUUUCCUCAUCUACCUCGGUGUCUAUGGCCAACUGCCUUGCCAACAACACCCAGGCUGGGAUUACUCAAGCUGCCAAAAUAGAAGAAAUCCCAGAGGAAGGGGGGAAAGAAGGCCAAGAACCUCAGGUUGUUCAAGAAGGUCAAACAGAUCCCGAAAUUCUCCAGAAUAGUCAUACAGAAACAGAAGAGAACAUCAACACCAAUGGCUUGGGAGGAGGAGACACAGAGCCAGAACAAAUGAUGGUGCAGAAGCUUGACUUUGGUUCUAACAUUGAGGCAGGACAGAACAAGGCCUCCGAGGCUGAAAAUGUGGACAAUUCAGAGCAGCUGAGCAGCAGCAGCACCUCCACCUCAGCCAAGUCAGCCUCAGAGUUAUCCUCAAAGGAAGCCCUGCAGGCCAUGAUUUUGAGCCUUCCACGGUACCACUGUGAGAACCCAGCCAGUUGCAAAUCCCCAACUCUUUCCACAGACACCAUGAGGAAGAGGCUAUAUCGCAUUGGACUAAAUCUCUUUAACAUAAAUCCAGAUAAGGGGAUUCAGUUCCUGAUCUCUCGAGGGUUCAUCCCAGAUACUCCAAUCGGAGUGGCACAUUUUCUGUUGCAACGCAAGGGUCUUAGUCGACAGAUGAUUGGAGAGUUUUUAGGAAACAGCAAGAAACAGUUCAACCGGGACGUUCUAGACUGCGUGGUAGAUGAGAUGGACUUUUCUGGCAUGGAGCUUGAUGAAGCUUUGCGGAAAUUUCAAGCCCACAUCCGGGUGCAAGGAGAGGCCCAGAAGGUGGAGCGACUGAUUGAAGCCUUCAGCCAGCGGUAUUGCAUGUGUAACCCAGAUGUGGUCCAGCAGUUUCAUAACCCAGACACCAUUUUCAUCUUGGCUUUUGCCAUCAUCCUUCUUAACACAGAUAUGUAUAGCCCAAACAUCAAACCUGACAGGAAGAUGAUGCUGGAGGACUUUAUUCGAAACUUGCGGGGUGUGGAUGAUGGAGCUGAUAUUCCCCGAGACUUGGUGGUGGGGAUUUAUGAGAGGAUCCAGCAAAGAGAACUUAAAUCCAAUGAGGAUCAUGUAACCUAUGUCACCAAAGUGGAAAAAUCAAUUGUUGGCAUGAAAACGGUCCUGUCAGUGCCACAUCGUCGGUUGGUCUGCUGCAGUCGUCUUUAUGAAGUGACAGAUGUGAACAAAGUGCAGAAGCAGGCUGCUCACCAGAGGGAGGUUUUCCUCUUUAAUGACUUGUUGGUGAUUCUCAAGCUUUGCCCCAAGAAGAAAAGCUCCUCCACUUACACAUUUUGCAAGUCAGUCGGUCUGUUAGGAAUGCAGUUCCAUCUCUUUGAGAAUGAAUACUAUCCCUAUGGCAUCACCUUGGUGACACCAGUUUCAGGCUCAGAGAAGAAACAGGUACUUCAUUUCUGUGCUCUGGGUGCAGAGGAAAUGCAGAAAUUUGUGGAAGACCUAAAAGAGUCAAUAGCAGAGGUGAUGGAGCUAGAGCAGAUCCGAAUUGAAUGUAAGGCUCCCGGCGUGGUCCAGACUCCAUGCAGUCAUUCUGUCUGGGAGCUGGAGAAGCAACACGGAGCAAAGACUAUCACUUUAAGGACUAAUGGAGCUCAAAUGGAAAUGCAAUCCAAGCAAGGAUCUCCAACAGGCAAAAAAGAUUUGGGAGAGAAGGUCCCGGACAACACAGUGGAGGUGUCAAUUCACAACAGGCUUCAAACGUACCAGCACAACUCUGUCCCGGGGCUCGAGAGUGGAAUGCAGCCCAGCACGCAUCCUAACAUGCCACGGGAGAGGCUGGAGACAGCAUUGGUGCCCUCUUACCCUGCCUCAGCAGGGACACUUGUACAGUGCCAGCAGAUUGUCAAAGUCAUAGUCUUGGACAAACCAUGCCUCGCUCGCAUGGAGCCGGCCCUCAACCAGACUCUGACACGCUACGUCUCCUCUGAUUCUUGCAGCUCCACCCCCUUGCGUGUACUAGGCAGCGGGCUCCAAGGCACCCCGGUGAAAAUCAUCCAUCAGCCCCCACUUCCGCCUCCACCGCCACCCUACAACCACCCCCACCAGACCUGUCCCCCCAGCUCCUUGCUUCAGAGACGCAGGUACUCCAGUGGCUCACGCAGUCUAGUGUAGCAGCGCCACCAGCACUAGCCAAAUAGCACAGACUUAUCCUUGGGACCCUUUUCUGUUUUCAAAGAAAAUCUAGUUUGUGAUUUACGGUAUUUUUUAGCAAAACGAAACAAACAUAGAGAGAGAGGGUGACAGAGGAAAAGCAAAAAGCAUUUUAGUAAUAACGAAAUUACAGUAUGUACUACGAACAUACCUAAUUCCUUUCCGUCUCUCCUGAAAUGAUUCUUUUUACAAGGAGCCAGACCUGUAGAAACUACCUGGCUGCUUCAGAACAUGUUUGCUGCCCAAUCUUCCACCCUUUUAGCUGCACACAAGCACCUUUCUUCCUCCUGAGGCAUAUGGUCAUGCUCUCCUCCCCUACCUCUGAUGAGCUUUAUUGUCCUUGGCUUCCUUUGCUUGGUGUCUUCAGUUCCUCUGUCUAGCUCUUUCCUUACCUUUCACACAUCCCUGUUUUAUCACUAUUACCAAACUCCACUGGUUUCUGACCAAACCAAACCUGACUGACUUUUCGGGGGCAUUGACUUUGUUAGUUCACCUUAUUGGAGCUGAGGAGCCGUUGCUGUUGCUGCCAAAAUCACCACUGCAGCUUGCUCAAUUGGAGCUGAAAAUGUGUGCCACUCAUCACACAUCCUACUCAUUGCCUUCUUGGGGGUACUUUCAUGGCAAGAUGAAUGGAGGGGAAAUUCAGAGGAAGAAGAAGGAAGAGGAGGAGGGGGCUGCUCCCCACUCAGCAGCCAAACACAAAGAUGGCCUCCUCACUUUGGACAUUGACAUUCUGCGUCGUAAUGAGAAAGCUCUGCUGGAUGUCAGCAGAAAUGCACCACUUGUAAAUACUCACCUUUAUGGUUGAAUGUGUGUGGACUCUUGCCUGCUAAUGGAAGAACUAGCCUGAUUGGGGAAAUUUAGAGAAAUAUAGAAAUUGGAUCUGGAAAUCUUCCUGGUAUGGCAACGUUCUGAAAUUAAUAUUCCCAGACAGUUGUUCCUUCCUAACUUUUUUAUUUAUUUACUGAUUUUAUUUGUAUUUUGCUUUUUCUGAGAUAUAUCCACACUCCACAAUUAUAUCAAUUUCAUACCAUUUCAUGGGUCCUGGCUCUAUGGAAUUGUGGAUUACUUGUUUUGUUCAUUUGUUUUUUAUUUCUCUACUACAGACCUCUAAUUCUGUAGUUCAGUAGAAUACACUAGAGAGUUAUAAGUCCCUCAUUAGACUACAAAUCCUUGGAGUCAGUAGGAUGGAGCUAUAGAACUUAAAGUGGGAGCAAUGUUUCAUAAUUGUGCAGUGUGAAACACUGACAGACCUGCAACUCAGUUAGCUUUGGUUAGGCAAAUAUAAGUAGAGGGGAGGAACACUCUCAGCCUUAUAAACUCCCUUCUUUGUUCUCUCAAUUGCACAUCCGUCACAAAGCUCCACAUCUUUGUUGCACAGAACAUUACAGCCCCCACACCCAGUAAUUUUGGAUCCCAUAGUUCCUAGAGCUUGCUCAUUUUGCUACUUGUGAUAAAGGACAAGUGCUUUGACACACACAUUUCCAUUGAGAUGUCGUCAGGGUGUAUGAAUGAAUUUUCCUUCAAUUCUGAUGGUGGGGCAGUGUCCUUCAUUGCACUUUAGAGCAGCAGGAUAGUUUACAUGCAAGACUGGUUGAGCAUCACUUAACAAUGUUGUCCUCCAAUAGAAAGGAUGGCCUGUCUGCACAUAUGUGCACUCCAUCAUAUGUGCUGCCUGAGGCAGUUGCUUCACUGGGCCUAGUGGUAGUCAGUCCUGAUAUAUCCACAGGGAAAGAGAGGAAAAUAGGACAGGAAAGUAGAGCAAUAACCACAUCUUGAUAUUCACAACAUGAAGUAUAUGUUAUCAAAUAGGCUCCAGAUCCUUCUCCAUAUCCAUGUUCCUCUCAUACUCCCUUUUCCCCUUCUGAGCUGCAUGUACUAACUACUGUCUCAGAGGUUUAAUUAUCCUGAGCCAACAAUAUAUGUUUACACAGACAGGGAAACACAUUAUAUUGGAUCAUCUUCUGGGUAAUUCUGCCUGUUUUUGUUGAAAUCCUGUUCUUAACCUGCCUUAGCAUUUGUAAGAGAAUGAAAGCAAAUACAGUUUGUCAAGAUGAAACAGAAAAGGGGUAAGAAGCACUUCAUUAUCUGAAAGUCUUCUUGCUUUGCUAUCAUGAAUAUGUAAACAAAUCAGAUAUUGAAAAUCGGAUAUUAUUAAAGCAUUGUUAGUGUAGCCAGUCAUGUAAGCACAAGCCUAUAACACACCGGAUUAAUAACUUAUCCUUCCAUUCCUUCUUCCCCUCUCUUCACAAUACUCCCUCCCUCCAAAAAUAUGGCAAAGUAGAUGGGGAGUUCCAGGGGAAAGAGAUGAAAACAGGCUCAGCUCUUUGCUGUUAUCAGAGAUGCUGACGUGCAGAAAGAUGGUAUUAAAAUGGGCUAUGGCUGUAUUUUUAGAAAAAAUAUCUUCCCCACGCAGGAGGGAGGAGCAGCAUUAAUUAGCUUAAGGGCUUUGCUGUUGCUCACUCCAUCUCCCUCUGAGGCUUAAGAAGAUCAACUUUAGGAUUUGGAAAUAGGGCAGAACAAGUUUUAAGUCUCUUAUUUAUGUUUUCAAAAUGUGUAUGUUGUUUAUGUGGAGGAGGAGGAGAGCAAAGGAUUUUCACUUUCUGUGUGAGGUAGAAAGAGGAGCCUGGCACUGGUGAGCCUGAAGCUGACACUGGUAGGGAGGCCCCAGUUUAAAUUUAUCAGGAUAUGCAGGUAAGACAUGGGUUGCACCCCAAAGAGAUUUCUAUUGUGCAAUUAUCCUGCCACAUACAAGGAAUUAUACAGAGAGGCCAGUCACUGUCACUUUAUAUUUGUUAUGUUUUCUUGCAUGUCUUUCCUAAGGAUGGAACGGAAAUUUGCCAAUCAAGUUUGAAGUUCCAAUGCAUUGAGAAACUAGUGGAGGAAUUAAAAUGGCACUCUGAAUGAGUCCGCAACUUGUAGGAAUUUGGUUUAUUUGUUUCUGUCACAAUAUAAACUGUGCAGAAAUUUGAGAAACUGUUCAGAUUUUCUGCAAAAACCUACAUGUGUAGCCUUGAUGCAUCAUCUUUUCCAGCUUGUAUUUUAUACAGCAGGAAAGGAAACUUAAGCUGACAGAACCUGCAGCCUUUUGCCCAUUCGGUGGUUGCACAAAUUUCUUUGGACCUUCCCCUGCUGUACAAUGACAAUUGGCUACUCCGUGGUCACUGACAAGCCACAAAUGAUGCAAUGAGUACCCCAUGAUUUGCCAUUGUGCAGCUGGGGAAAAGAUAAUGUACAAGGAGGUACUGGGCCACUCCUUAGAAUAACUGCGGGUUAUGGCAGUAGAAGUCAGCAAGAACAUCUUAAUCCCACAAAUGGGUUCCAUGUAACACUUUACAAUGGCCAGACUACAGCUUUGGUGAAAAAUAUGAUUUCACUGAAGUCCUGCAUGAGCAUUUCCUUGUUCAUGUGUAAGGCUAAAGUGGGGAAGGGAACAUGGGCACAAUAUGACCCUGUAUGCCCAGCAGCAUUUGAAACCAUAGUACAUUAUACGUUUAGGACUGUAUUGUCAUAUUUUCCAAAAUAUUUUCCCCUGUUCUCAACCUUAGUCAUAAGGAACUGUGUUGUAAGACUCACUGUUAGGUUUAUCCUCUUCCCCCUCACUCCCGGUGAUGCUGCUUUUGCCGUCUUUUGCUAUCGUUGAAGGCACGUCCAUUUCUACAUGGUGCAUUAGUUAAAGCAUGAAAAGAUUGAUGUGUUUACAUAAAUAAAUUAGAUUUUACUUGACAUUUAACACAAAAUGGCAACAAAAACCUUAAAGUAUUUGAUAAAAUAAUUGUUUUUUUAGAUGAAAUAUUUAUGUGAGCUUGAGGUUCCUGGAAGAGUGAGAGUACUAGGCAAUUAAUAAUAAAUUUGGAAGGAUGUGAAGAGAUUCAUCACAAGAAACUUUGCUAGAGAUGUUGUUUCUCUCCUCUUCCUCUCUUCUUUUUAAUUUUUGAACUAAGCGGUAUUGGGAUUUAAUACCUGAGUAUGAGAGCCUCAGAUCUGGAGCUCUCUUUCUCUACAUGACCUUGUGGUAUUUUGGUUACCUGAGAAAUAGGUACUAUUUUUAGUAUAUAAAGAUAGGCAAAUUACCUAGUGCUUUCCGUUUGGAGCAUACUUUGAGAUUAGUGGUAUCUCUUGCUUUUUCUUAAGAAUUCUCUCAAGCCUGGAAUGAUCUAUUUUGCGAUAAUUUCACCCUCUUUCUUCCAUCACCAUCAUUGCCCCUUCCUCAGUUUCCCAAACAUACCAGUACCUGGGAUCUGGGAAGAGACACAAAAAUAGCAGCAAGGAUAGAGUUUGGGGAAAGUUCCUUUUAAUGGGCUUUGUGUUAUUUUCAGUCAUUCUCAGUAUGUGCCUUGAGAAAGCAGACAUUGCUAGAUAUAUUCAAAAGCUCUCAUUUCUCAUGACUGCCCAUGAUAUAAAGGGAUAGUUCUGGAAAAGCUGAAAUAUGAAACUGAAAGGAAAUGGGAUACUUUCCAAGAUCUACACAAUUAAAAUUGUGGUUUCUACUUUAUUCAUAGACCUAUGUCUCAUAACAGGUUGAACUAUUGAGAGUCCAUGAGUCCUUUCCAGACAUGUAAUUUUUUCUAAUUAUGUUCUUGAAGGAAGUAGUGAUUAAUUUUAGCAAUUUUCUUUCCACUGCAAGAAUAUCUUCAAAAUCCAUACCAUUUUUGAAAGCUAUUUACAGUUCAGGGCUUUCUUUGCAAAAUUCAUGUAUUUUUGCACAGAGACCAGCAUUUUUGGUGCAGGAAACAUUUUCAUUAAUUGUAUUACUACGCUUGAAAUAUUAUUUCCUGCAUAGAAAAUGGUGUUUCUUGCAUAAAAAUGGUGUUUCUUGAACAGAAAAUGCUCAUUUCUGUGCAAGGAAAGGUGGAUAUUAUACAUAUUUAAGUUCUGUACUUUGAAAAUACUCACCAGCUCAGGAUUUUCCAAAAAUUUCUCAACACUUGAGAAACAUGCUUUUCAACCAUUUUGUAAAAGGUUUUUAAAUAUACUAUUAUUAGCCCGUACUUUCCUUGGGAGGUUCUUAAAGACAGCACAUAAUUAUUUAAUGGAAGCCCAAGUUAAUCAAGGCUGGUGUUUAAAGGGAAAUGUAUACCUGAUUAGUUAGAUAGUUCACUUUCAACUCGAUAUCUUGCCCUCUUGUGUAUAUAUUGCCAGCAAAGCUGCUUCGAGAUGGGUUUGUCCCACUGCUAUCAAUAUUUUCAUUUUUCCCUCCUUAACAGCUUUUCUGUUGUAUGGGGAAAAUGGAGGAGGCCAGACUCCUAGAAAUUCUGUCAAUGAGGAGUACAGAUUGGUUGCACAAUGGAAGCUUUAUCUAGAGAUAUGCACACAUAUCUAAAUCUUUAGCUUUGUGCAAUUAAAGAGACGGUACACUAUGAUAUAAUAAAUUGACACUGAACUUCAGGACCUGAUAAGCCACUUGGCUAUGUGUGAUGAUGUUGCCCAAAGCAAUUCACAGGUAUAGGAGAUGGUGUUUUUCCAUGUGGUGAGAACGUCAGGGGACUUUCUGGUUGCAAGUUUAAGCAGAGUUUUGCUUAAAUAAAAAUCUGUAAGCCAGUCCAAAUGGAUAAAUUUUGAUGCCCAUCAUCCUGUUUUUAAAAAGAAACCUAUACUAAUUGACUGGACAAAAAGGCUGGUGUCAACUGGAGCACAUUGUCCCUGAAAUUAUCUCCUAGGCCUUUUGGGCCAUAUUGUUACACAUUGUUUUAUAUAUAGAUACACACACAUCAACUGGUUUCAAUAGGACGUAUGUACACUGGAGUAUAGCUUUUAUAUGCACGUCAUUAACAUACCUCUCCAUUUCAUUUAAGUAGCCCUCUUGCGUUAAACUAGAGAUGUUAAAUUGAUUUGAUCAACAUUUGAAAAAUGAAGCACACUCAAAAAUGAGUUUUUUGAGGUAGCAGUACCACAAGGGACAGGAGACGAUGGGAGUUUUAGUUUAAUAUAUCUAGAAAGUGCCAGGUGAGGACAGUUGCCCUGAAACCGUGGUGCCUGGAGGGAAGAUUAAGCCUGCAGCCCUUUGCAAUAACCUUAGCACUUUUUGUGUAAAGAACACUGUCCAAAUAAAGGAUGUUUAAUUACUGUAGAAUUUAGUAUCAAUUUCUUCUUUUUAGGAAAACCUGCAACCUAUAAUCUAUAAGUAGUAGGACAGCAGGGAUAUGUAGCAGAGACUUAUUGUGAGUUAUGUGCCUUCAAGUCACCUACUAACUUAUGGAUACUCUAUGAAUUUUACGGGGUUUUCUUAGACAAGUGGUACUCAGAGAUGGUUUUGCCAGUUCCUUCCUUUGAAAUACAGACUAUAGCACCUGGUAUUUAUUGAUGGUCCCCAACCAAGUACUUGCUGACUAGGGCCAACCCUGCUUAGCUUCCAAGAUCAGGUGGGAUCUUUGGGAGUUUUAGGCCACAGAAUUCCUACAAAACAACAGUUGUAGGUCUCUUCACAAGGGAGCCAUGAACUGGUAUAAAAAUAUGCAAGUUUGUCAUGUAGAUAGUCUCCAAGGACUAUCUCAGUAGUGUCACAAAUAAAGAUGAGGAAGGAUAGUUUAGAGUACAUGUUUUUCUUCUUCAAAAUGGUUAUCUGGAGACUCAAAGUACAACAACUCUUAGUAACUGGCUUUUGCUUUCUCCCAUACUUGAAAAGUAAAAUAAAUCCUACAUCUUGAGCUAUUGUUAGAAAUUUUCCUGUAAAAAGGAUUGUCUGACAGUGGCCCUUCAGAUGAUGUGGCCUGCACUUUGCAUCUGCCCUUUGAUGGGGCAUUACAGGAGGGACAGUGUAGAGUUAGGGUUGGUCACCCCUGCUCUUAAGAAAUUAAUAGAGCACAUUGGCUGUUAUUCUGUUAAGCCAUUAUGAUGCUAUAAGUCUGAAGUAUAGCAUCAGGAUACACUUUUUCACUCAUGGUGCCAUCGUAAUGAUCAAAAGACGCACUCCAAUCUACCUUAUAAGCCACACAGCACUUUGCCAUUUCUGAGUUGCUAGAAAGCUGGGAGGGGGACAAUGCAGGAAGAUGGCUGAAGACAUCGUUGCUCACCCCUCUGCUUUCAGAAAUGUCAUUAUUGUGGAUAGGGUGGGCUAAGUUGUUUAAAAGCUAUGUAUUUGGGGUGUAACAUCAAGGGAUGUAGCUAUAUUCUAUAUCUGCAUCUCCUGAUGCAGGACCGCACACAUUCUUAAUGCAUUUUCACACUCCUACUCCCGCUCUAGUUUCACUUUCUAAUGGCUUCAGAAUGAAGCAGAUACAUCAUCUUUUCUUUUUCCUUCUACUAAAGAAAAGCAGCAUUAGUCAGUAAUGCAGCAAACAGCUUCCAAAUCCCAGUAGAAAUAGCGUUUUUAGUCUAACACUGUUAUGAUCAUCCCGUAUUAUUGUCUUCAAGCUGUGUUUCUUGGAAAUAGGAGGAACAUCUGAAACAAGCACUGUUCCCUGGAUUUCUGGAGUCGAUGCCUACCAGGAAGUUUCCAUCUUUUAAAGAAAGGAAAUGAUGGAGGGGAGGGUCUGCUGGAGAGAAUUUAUAUUCAAUUGCUAUGCUGGGCCAUCAUAGUAUAUUGCAUUGCAUUUGCUGUAACUUUACCAGCGAGGGCAAAGCCUAGGACUGUUGAUAGUAGCUCUUGAGUGAUGAUGUCUGUAACACUCGAGCAGCUGUCUAGUCUGUCGCAUCUUCACUGCUCCUUAACAGCCACGCCUGGGUCAGAAGCUUUAAAAAACUCAUGUUUCAUUGAAUUUCUCUUCACUCAGUUAAUCUCACAUGACACCAUCCCACCAAAUGUUUCUUUUCAUUCUCCAAGCAAGAAAACAAAUGAUGUUUCUUAACCUAUAUGUGUAGGCUGUUUGAGAGCACCUGUCUGUCUGUCUGUUCCAGUUUCCUGCUGUACAUAUUCUCAAGAGAAGCUUCCUUUGGGAACAGCAGCGUGCUCACAUCUAGCAAAGACUCCAAAUGGCUAAUAUUUUGUAACAGAAAUAGACGAGAUGUAUUUUAUCUGUUCAAUUAAUAGAGUUUUAGAAAUUAUAUUGAGAUAUGUCA